AUGGCUGCUUCACCGACGCUCCGUCACGUGGCCAUGCUCCCCUUCAUGGCAAAGGGCCACGCCAUGCCGCUCAUCCACCUCGCGCGCCUCCUUCUUGGCCGCCGCCUUGCCUCGGCCGUCACCUUCUUCACCACCCCGCGCAACGCGCCCUUCAUCCGCGCGGGCCUCGCUGUGACGGCACACAGGCCGCACGCACGCGUGAGCUCGCCAUCCGAGCCGUUCCCGGUCCACGGUGUGCCGGACCUCCGCCUCACGAAGGCCGACCUCAACCCGCCGUUCGACGACCCGGAGCCUUCCGGCCCGCACUGGGACUUCAUUUGCAAGAACCGCAUCAGCAUGUACUCCAGCCGGGGCAUCAUCGUCAACUCCUUCCACGAGCUGGAGUCGAUCUACAUCGACCUGUGGAACCGGGAGUUCGACAUCAAGAUGUGGCCGAUCGGACCGCUCUCUCUCGCGGCCUCCGAACCGGCGGUCCAGACCAAGGACGACCGUGAGAUCUCAGAGUGGCUCGACUCGAGGCUCGCCAUGGACCGGCCGGUCCUCUAUGUCGCGUUCGGAUCGCAGGCCGAGCUGAGCCGGGCGCAGCUGGAAGAGAUCGCCGUCGGGUUGGACAACUCCGGUGUAGACUUCUUAUGGGUGGUCCGGUCCAAAUGGCUCAAUCCAGAUGACCGGUUCAAUGACUGGUUCGGAGACAGGGGCAAGGUGGUGGAAGGUUUCAUCAACCAGCUCGGAGUUCUGAGUCACAAAUCAGUGAGAGGAUUUUUCACACACUGCGGAUGGAACUCGGUGCUGGAGAGCAUCGUCAUGGGUGUGCCAAUGCUGUCGUUCCCAAUGGCGGCCGAGCAGAAGCUCAAUGCCAAAUUCGUCGUGGACGUGAUCCAUGUGGGGCUCCGAGUUCGGCCGAAGGAAGACGCCAACAAGGGAGGUAGUGGGUUGGUUAUGAGUGGAGACGUGCAGGUGUUGGCAAGGGAACUGAUCUUGGGAGAGGAAGGGAAACGCGCCGCUGCUAGAGCUGGAGGUCAGUGA